AUGGUGGAGGCCAUAGUGGAGUUUGACUACCAGGCCCAGCACGACGAUGAGCUGACGAUCACCGUGGGUGAGAUCAUCACCAACAUCAGGAAGGAGGAUGGAGGCUGGUGGGAGGGACAGAUCAAUGGCAGGAGAGGUUUGUUCCCUGACAACUUUGUAAGAGAAAUAAAGAAGGAAAUGAAGAAAGAGCCUCUCUCCAGCAAAGCUCCAGAAAAGCCCAUGCACGAAGUGUCCAGUGGAAAUGCUUUGCUGUCUUCUGAAACAAUUCUAAGAACCAACAAGAGAGGCGAGCGACGGAGGCGCCGGUGCCAGGUGGCAUUCAGCUACCUGCCUCAGAACGAUGACGAGCUCGAGCUGAAGGUCGGCGACAUCAUAGAGGUGGUGGGAGAGGUAGAAGAAGGAUGGUGGGAAGGUGUUCUCAAUGGAAAGACUGGAAUGUUUCCUUCCAACUUCAUCAAGGAGCUGUCAGGGGAGUCGGAUGACCUCGGCAUUUCCCAGGAUGAUCAGCUCUCCAAGUCAAGUUUAAGGGAAACCACAGGCUCCGAGAGUGACGGGGGUGACUCGAGCAGUACCAAAUCUGAGGGUGCCAACGGCACAGUCGCAACAGCUGCCAUCCAGCCGAAGAAAGUCAAGGGAGUGGGCUUUGGAGAUAUUUUCAAAGACAAGCCAAUAAAGCUAAGACCAAGGUCGAUUGAAGUAGAAAAUGACUUUCUGCCGGUGGAAAAGACUAUUGGCAAGAAGUUACCUCCAACUGCAGCAACUCCAGACUCAUCAAAACCAGAAAUGGACAGCAGGACAAAGACCAAGGAUUACUGCAAAGUUAUCUUUCCAUAUGAGGCACAGAAUGAUGAUGAAUUGACAAUCAAAGAAGGAGAUAUAGUCACUCUCAUCAAUAAGGACUGCAUCGAUGUGGGCUGGUGGGAAGGAGAGCUGAACGGCAGACGAGGAGUGUUUCCUGACAACUUCGUCAAGUUACUGCCGCCUGACUUUGAAAAGGAAGGAAACAGACCCAAGAAGCCACCUCCUCCCUCGGCUCCCGUGAUCAAGCAAGGGGCAGGUACCACUGAAAGAAAACAUGAAAUUAAAAAGAUACCUCCUGAAAGACCAGAAACGCUUCCAAACAGAACAGAAGAGAAAGAAAGACCAGAGAGAGAGCCAAAACUGGAUUUACAGAAGCCUUCUGUUCCUGCCAUACCGCCCAAAAAGCCACGGCCACCCAAGACCAAUUCUCUCAGCAGACCAGGCGCGCUACCCCCGAGGAGGCCAGAGCGGCCCGUGGGUCCCCUGACCCACACCAGGGGUGACGGUGCCAAGAUCGACUUGGUGGGCAGCUCGAUACCUGGCAUGCUGGACAAGGACCUCUCAGACCGCAGCAAUGACAUUGACCUAGAAGGUUUUGACUCCGUGGUAUCAUCUACUGAGAAACUCAGUCACCCAACCACAAGCAGACCAAAAGCCACGGGGAGGCGACCUCCAUCCCAGUCUCUGACGUCCUCUUCCCUUUCAAGCCCUGACAUCUUUGACUCCCCAAGUCCUGAAGAAGAUAAAGAAGAACACAUUUCGCUUGCACACAGAGGAGUGGACACAUCCAAGAAAACGUCAAAGACUGUUACCAUAUCCCAAGUGUCGGACAACAAAGCGUCCCUGCCACCGAAGCCGGGGACCAUGGCUGCAGGCGGCAGCGGGCCGGCUCCUCUGUCCUCGGCAGCGUCCUCCCCUCUGUCAUCCUCUUUGGGCACAGUUGGACACAGAGCCAACUCCCCAUCUCUGUUUGGCACGGAAGGCAAACCAAAGAUGGAGCCUGUGGCCAGCAGCCAGGCAGCCAUGGAGGAGCUGAGGACGCAGGUCCGGGAGCUGAGGAGCAUCAUCGAGACCAUGAAGGACCAGCAGAAACGAGAGAUUAAGCAGUUACUGUCAGAGUUGGAUGAAGAGAAGAAAAUCCGGCUUCGGUUGCAGAUGGAAGUUAAUGACAUAAAGAAAGCUCUUCAAUCAAAAUGA